CCCCUCUGUGGGCUGCGGUGGCCGCCUCAGCUGCGGCCGCCGGGAGGGAGGCAGGCGGCGGAAGAUGGCGGCGGCCGCGCUGCGGGCCUGGUUCUGGAACGAACGGUUCUGGCUGCCGCACAACGUGACGUGGGCGGACCUGGCCGGGGAGCCGGGCCCGCCGGGCAGCGGGCUGCAGUACCCGCGGGCGGGACACGUCCUCUCCGCCUUCCCGCUGGCGCUCGGCAUCUUCGCGGUGCGGUUGCUCUUCGAGAGGUUUAUUGCCAAGCCAUGUGCCAUAAACCUUGGCAUUCAAGACAGUGGACCUCACAGAGCCCAGCCCAAUGCAAUUUUAGAGAAAGUGUUUACAUCCAUCACUAAGUCUCCAGAUGGAAGGAGGUUAGAAGGCCUGUCAAAGCAGCUGGACUGGGAUGUUCGGAAGAUCCAGCGCUGGUUUCGUCACCGGAGGAACCAAGACAAACCCACCACCCUCACGAAAUUUUGUGAGAGCAUGUGGAGAUUUACAUUUUAUUUAUGUAUAUUUUUUUAUGGAAUCAGAUUUCUCUGGACGGCACCCUGGUUUUGGGACACACGACAGUGCUGGUACAACUACCCUUUCCAGCCUCUAACAUCCAGGCUUUAUUACUACUAUAUCUUGGAGCUGGCCUUCUAUUGGUCUCUCAUGUUUUCUCAGUUUACAGACAUUAAACGGAAGGACUUCCUGAUCAUGUUUGUCCAUCAUUUGGCCACAAUUGGACUUAUUACAUUCUCUUAUAUGAAUAACAUGGUGCGGGUUGGAACUCUGGUGCUGUGUCUCCAUGAUGCAUCAGAUUUCCUUUUAGAGGCUGCAAAGCUAGCCAAUUAUGCCAAGUACCAACGUCUGUGUGAUGCUUUCUUCAUGCUCUUUGGUGUCGUGUUCAUUGUUACACGGUUGGGCAUUUAUCCUUUCUGGAUUUUGAAUACAACCCUAUUUGAAAGCUGGGAGUUGAUUGGUCCAUACCCUUCGUGGUGGCUCUUCAAUGGGCUCUUGGUGACCUUGCAGGUCCUGCAUGUCAUCUGGUCUUAUCUCAUCGUUCGCACUGCCUACAAGGCCCUCAUGCGGGGAAAGGACUCUAAGCUCUGUCUUCUUCAUUCUUUCCUCCUUUUCUCUGUGCCAGAUUGGAGCUGGACAGUUUCAUCCUUUGCAUGUAAGUGUGAUCUGUGCUUCUGGUUGUUUGCUGAAAUGCACCUGUGGCUGUUUCCAGGCUAAGACAAAAGCAAAGACGUGGUCCUGGGGCUUUAAAUGGCUGGUACCUUCCCUUAAAAUGCUUCUCUCCCUGGCUGAUACAGUGCUGGUGCUCACAGUUAUGCUAAAAUGCAGCUUUUUCCAAAGGUCAAAGCAGUGUUCUGGGGUUUGUUCUUAUCUGCCUUCAGCAGGUUGCAUGACCUUCACCUUUCUGCUUUUCUGACGCCCACAGAGACUCUGGUACCUGUCUUGUGAACACUGAGCUGAGUGGAAGGGCACAGGAGAAAUGCUUUUUGCUAAAAGGAGUAAAGCAGGCACUUGUCCCCCAAAUAAUGGGGAAGGUUUCCAGGGAUUUCAGCUUCCUUCCAGUGACCCUUUGAACUUCCAGCCUAGCAGGAGAACAGGGAAGGAUAGCCGAAGUUCUGGCAAGGGGCAGAAGCCAGGACAUCCAACAGGGCUGUCAGAACCAAUCCUGGAGAUCAUUGACUUACCUGGCUUUCCUCCAGAUCUUUCCUUGAGUUCAAAAACUUCCUGGCUGCUGCUGUUCAAAAGCCCUAGCCCUGAUUUAGGGCAGAGCAGAGUGAAACCCUUGGAAAGGACUGAGUGCUUCAGUAUUAAGUAAAUGAGGGCUAUUAGCUGCAAAAGUGUGAAGAACUUGCCUUGGGGUAUGCAAAGCACAGGCUGCUCACUGCUGAGCACUGGUGAGUUUAUGGCCCUGGCUCCCUGCCACCAACCAAAGUGCUUGUUUGCAGUUAGGGCCGGGCUUAUGAUCUCUUCCUUCUCCUUCUGGUGUGUUGGCUCCGUGCUGGUGCAGUGCCCUCCUGCGGCAUCCGCAGCGGCUGACACCGGAGCGUGCCUGGGUCUGCUUCCGAAGGUUCAGAACCCCACAUGAAAGGCAAUUCAGCUGGCUUUGAGGUCAAGUUUUUAACUGAAGGCAUAACUCUGCAAAGCUGCUCUAGAUCUCAGGGCUGAGAUGCUCCUUUUGUUUCUGAGAGGCUGUUUGGUGGAAGGGAGAGUUGUCUUUCUUUGGACAGUGGGCUACAGAACAGGCUUCUGCUUGUAAAUGAGUUCUGUAUGAACCACAAGCUGUGAGAAUGGGAGGCACUUUGUGCAAACAGUGAUGUGAUAAAUACAGCUGGUUAAUUUUUAAAGUCUCCAAGGCACUCCCUCUAGGACAGAAUGUUCUCUCUCAAACUGUUCUAUAGAUCCAUGGGCUUUGGGCAUCACAGAACUCGUUAUGCUGCGAGGAGUGAUUCAAAGCAAGUGUGUUGGUUGGAAAAGUGGCCUUUAGCCCAUCUAGAAUGACCAAGAACAGACAAAUAGUGUCCUCUGUUCUGGAAAGUGCUUCCACAGAUGUAGAGUAUUUGGAAUAUGGGAAUCCUGUUUCCAAGUUGUCCCUUUCUGUGUGUGUGUCUUGCGUUCUGUAUGUGAUUCCCUCUUGUGAGCUUGAAGUGAUUCAGGAUCAAAUGUUCAGUGUAACUGAAGCUGGUUCCUCACAUGGAUGCAAGCCUCUAACUACUGUUUCCUGUGAAUUUUUCAACCUCCCUUUCCCCCUGUGCUGCUGCCCAAUUCCCUUUUGAAAU